GGAAGAUGACAUCUGUGAGGGUUUGAAAGAAUGUGAGUUGGUCGCGGGUAAAUUGUCUGAACCAUGCUUUUGAAUCAAUAAUUAUUUAUUAUUGUUAUUAAUUAAUUUUGUGUAUUUAAACAAUCUUUCAUCAUCCCAAUUUCAUCUUACUCAUCAUCUUGGUCAGGAAUAAACUGUUUGGAUCAUCUGAUAUACCAACUACAUGAGUUUCUGACCUGCUGAUUCUUCACCGAGUCAUCAUUUCAUUUCAUCAAUUUUAAAUCCUCGAUCUUCAUACUUAUAUUUCAAGUAAUUGUACCCAAAUCCUGAGAAAGGGAUCUGUACCUAAUAAUUCUUUGAAUUGAUCUGCUGUUGUGAAAAUUUCCUGUGCAACAUCAGCUGUUUGCAACUUAUAUCACAAGGAAAAUGUCUGUGCUUAAAAUACUUACUAGUGGCUCGGUUAACGGAAAAUUUGCAACCUUCUUUGAUCGAAUCAAUAAAGUAAACCAAAAAAAUGGCCCAUUUGAUAUGAUCUUGGUUGUUGGGUCAUUUUUCUCUGAUAGCCCCGAAGUUAACCAAGAUUGGACUGAUCCAGUUAAAAGGCUUUCCUUAAACAUACCUCAAAUACCAAUUUAUAUUUUAGGCCCACAGUCACAAUCCCAAUUAGUUUGUUAUAAAGAUAAAGGUGGAGAUAAACCAAAUUUUGAGAGUGGCUUUGAAUUAAGUGAAGGAAUAACUUUUCUUGGUAAGAAAGGAAUUCUCACUGGCAGUUCUGGUCUUCGUAUUGCAUAUUUGAGUGGAAAUGAGUCUAGUGAAGCAACAGAUAUCACAUACACAAAAGAAGAUGUCCGAAGUUUGGUUCAACUAGCUGAAAGUUCAACUGCACCAAUCGAUGUACUUGUUACGCCUCGUUCUCCUCACGAUUUUGUUAAAUAUCUUGACUUCAUACCACCCGAGAUGAAAAUCGUAUCUGAUAGUGGCUCUGAUCUAAUAUCACGACUUGCAUACCAUCUAAAACCCAGAUAUCAUUUCGCUGCCGGUGAUUAUUACUCAGAAAGAAGACCUUACCGAAAUCAUGUUGUUCUCCAAGAGUCGCAAAGGCCAGUUACUCGAUUCUACAGUCUAGCUGCUAUUGAUAAUCCUAACAAGUCGAAAUGGCUUUAUGCAUUCAACAUUAUCCCAAGUGAAAUGGUUGAUAGAAAAGAAUUAACGAAACAACAUGAAGGAACAACAGAGCGCCCAUAUUCUUUCGCCAAUGAAUGGUCCGAGAAAGAAUCUCUAAUCAGCAAAGAUCAAUUCUUUUAUGAUGCUAACUAUCAAGAAACUAGCCGACAAAUGAACCCUCGUAAAGGUCCUAGGAGACCAUAUGAUAAUUCAAAUCAAAAUCAGUUUCGUGAUAAUUCAGACGAUGGAGACCGCCAAAACAAGCGACAUCAUGACGAUCGACAAAAACCACAAAUUAAAUGUUGGUUCUGUUUAGCUAGUCCCGAUGUGGAAAAACAUUUGAUUGUUAGUAUUGGGGAAUUAUGUUAUCUUGCAUUACCAAAAGGCGGGUUAAUUGAUGGUCAUUGUUUGAUUCUUCCAGUUUCUCACCAUAGGUCUUAUUUGGAAUCAUCAGAAAACCAAGAACUCGUCCAUGAAGUUGAAAAAUUCAAAAAAGCUAUUGGAGAUUAUUUUUUUACUAAAGAUUGUAUUCCAGUUUUCUUCGAGCGUAAUUUCCGGAGUUAUCAUUUCCAGCUACAAGCUGUUCCAGUUCCAAAAGACUGUUGUGAUUCCAUUGAAGAUAAGUUGGAGCAGUUAAGUUCUUCUAAAGGUCUCAAGUUGAAAUCUAUUCCUAUUGAGAUGGAAUUACGAGAUGUUUUAUCUCCUGGUAUUCCAUAUUUUUACAUUGAAAUUCCAGAUGCUAAUUUGAAAAUGUUCACUCAAAUAAAAAGACAAGAAAGAGGGGCAAAUGAUAACUCAGGGAAAAGUCAGGAAGGCCAAUUUCCAAUUCAAUUCGGACGCGAACUCCUAGCUGAUCCUCUCAUUCUCAAUAUUCCCCAUCGCAUCGACUGGAAAAGCUGUUCACUUUCCAAAGAAGAAGAAAUUGAAGAGACGAAAAAAUUUCGAGAAUCGUUCAAGCCAUUUGAUUUCACAUUAGAAUAACAUAUUUCUGUUUAAUACAUAUUUAAUAACAUGUUUAAUUACUAAAUUUUCAGACUAUUGUCUUCAGUGUAGCAAAGUUAUCAUGACCUAUUUCAAUUUAUUGAAAAGAUGAAUCAUUUUUGUUACUAAUUGCGUGUAAACAGAGGAAAUCCUGUAUUACAAAUUUCUAUCUUAAAAAUAUGUUUUCAUUGUUA